AUGGCUAUAGAGGGAGAGGUGGGUGCAGGGGACGGUGCCACUUUGGCUAUAGGGGGAUAUGUGGGUGUAUGGGAAGGUGCCACUUUGGUUAUAGAGAAAGAGGUGUACGACGACUGUACGCCGCCCAGCGCCGUCGUACUGGUCUACAACCUUCCUGGCGUGGCCGACCUCAACCUAACCCAGCAACUCAUCGUCGGCAUCUACAACGGCAGCUACACCUGGUGGAACGACACGGAGCUCGUCGCCGCAAACCCCUCCGUCCGGUUACCUAGCGUACCCAUCCUCCCGGUCGCACGUGCCGACGCCUCGGGCACCACCAACGUGUUUACGUCGGCGCUCUGUCGCUUCUCGCGCGACUGGAACGCCACCUACGGCCGCUUCCACAAAGGUGCGGACGACGACGUCGGCGGAACGAUGCGCCGCUGGCCGCCGCAGGUGGCGCUGCUGCUCGGCGUACGCAACCGCGGCAUGGUCGGCCUCGUGUUGUCGUUGCCGCACACUAUCGGCUACCUGUCGCUGGCCGACGCCGGAGAGGCAGGGCUGCGCUAUGCACGCGUAACUAACCACGCUGGCGUCUACGUAACUCCGGGGGCGGCUGCCCUACUGAGUGCUCAGGAACCGCGGCAGCUCGGGAAGCGACUGACGAGCGACCUGGUGGACACGCACCACGCCGACAGCUACCCGUUCGCCACCUACUCGUACUUCAUCGUGCGCAUGCGCACGAUGCGCGACUGCAGCGCCGCCGCCGAGUUAGUCCGCUACGUCACGUGGCUGGCGACGUCGAACGAGGCGCAUAUGCUGGUGAACAGCAAGGGAUUCGUGGGACUGAGCGACCCCGUGGCUGAGUUAGUCGUCAAUCGAGUCGUUAAGGUGAUGACGUGUGAAGGAGAGAGCGUGUAUGAGCGCGUACUUAGACAACAAAAGCAGGAGGCGCUCGCGUCGCAGUCGUGGUUCGGCGCCGUCGCCGUCGGCGUGCCCGUAGCGGUGGCGCUGCUCGCCGUGCUCGUCGGCCUCAUAGCCCGACAACAAUACCUCAUCAACGCUAAGACCUUUCGUGACGAGUGGUUCAUAGCGCAGCAGCAUCUGCACGUGCCACCGGGUAACUACGCGUCGACACCCUCCGUCGGUUCCACGUCGACGAGUAUCCGACCGGACGCCAUCUGGGGGGAGAUGCCUGUGACCUUGAAUCUACUUCCGGCGUCGCUGCGCCGCGGACGUCUGCGCUGGGCGACGCGUCGGCUGCUCGUAUCGAUGCGUGAGUCGGUCGUUCACGAGAACGUCGCGCGGCUGCACGGCGUCACUUCCGUCGGCGCCGACGAGCGGCUUGUCGCUGUCGUCGAAUUCGCAAGCAAGGGGUCGCUGCGGGACCGGCUGUACGUCGGCAGCUUCCCGACGGAGCGCAGUAUCAGUUUCUCGCUGGCGACGGACAUCUUCGCGGGGCUGCAGUACCUGCACGGGCAGCGCGUCGUCCAUGGCGACGUGACGGCAGCUUGCUGCGUCGUCGACGCUCGCUGGAAUGUUCGCAUCGCUGGCUGGGAGUGGCAGCCCGUAGAGCGGAGCGAGGCGAGAGAAAUACGUAUGCUGCACUGCUGCCGACGACGCGCCGUCGCUCCCGACGUGAUGGGCGGGUACGCCGACAUCGGCGACGACGACGAUAGCACGCGUCGGCUGUACCGAUCGCCGGCGCGUCUGCGCAUGCCGCGGUCGGCGGCGACGCGUGCCGACGACGUGUACAGUGCUGCCGUCGUCGUGCACGAAAUCUUCACAGGUCAGCCGCCGUUCGCCGACCAACUGGCGACGGCGACGCCCCGCCAGGUUGCGCAGCGCAUCAUCGCCGACGGGCUGCGACCGUCGCUCAGCGAGCCGACGUUGCCGCGCACCGUACGCGAGCUCCUGCGCGCAUGCCUCUCACUCGAGCCGACGCGACGGCCGACGGCGAAGAAAGCGCGCGCCACCGUCGCCGGCGCCAACCCGAACCAGCGCGGCAUCGUCGACGCGAUGCUGCUGUCGCAAGAGAAGUACACGAAGCAGUUGGAGACGAUGCUCGCCGAGCGGACGGUCGAACUGGAGACAGUUACACACAACAUGGAGCAGCUUCUGGAACGCAUGCUUCCGGCGGGGCUGGCAGCGAGGCUCGCGCGCGGGGAGCCCGUCGUGCCGGAGUAUUUCGAAUCGGCGACGAUCUAUUUUGGCGACAUCGUGGAUUUCACGAGCAUUGCUGCGGCGGCGAGCGCACUGGACGUCGUUAACCUGCUUAACACGCUCUACGGGGAGUUUGACGGCAUCGUGGAGCAGCAGGACUUGUACAAGGUGGAGACCGUCGAUGUGUGUUAUCAAUACCGCGACGAGGUUAUACCGCCACUGGAAGAUAUUCUGCUAGGACACAGCAGGAAGGCGGAGACGCGCAUAGCCCACGACACUGAAGCGAGAAGGAGCGAUAUAGAGAUAGGGUUGAGGGCCGGAUCGAGUAGACUCUUCCCGCCGGUCGCACCGGCGUAUGGGUGCGAGCUAGUUUCUGGUCCUCCAGUUAGAGUGAAAUAG